UGAAGCCAACAAACACUACCACUUCUCUGUAACUGCCUUCGACGAGUCUUGCGUCGAGUGCUUGUCUGUGUGCGUCUUCUUUCUUAUUCACUAUCGUUUAAUACCACCCUCGUUACGGUCAGUGAAGGCAACGCCGCCUCGCCCAACCCACCGCGACACUCGAACCAUCCCACCCAUCAAGGGCAGCGAGACAAGCCCAAUCGCACCUGACGCUCGCUACAUCGCUUUACCGGUCUGCGACGACCGCACACCCUACUCGUGAGGGUUCUCACUCUACUACUGCUCACCGAGGCGCGGACUGCUCCCAAUCGCAGCCAUGAGCUUCGUGAACAACAACGCCUCCCGCAUGUCGGUGUAUUCGACGGCAUCGACGAAUGCACAGCGUGCCCCCGCCUCGACUUCGACUGUCGUCAGCACCACGACACUGCUCAACACCCUCAACUCGGCCUUCAAGAACGGCCAGCCAUACAACCUCGAGCCCAGCACGAGUCUGGUUGUCAACACCUGGGUCAAUGCGAAGACGAUGGAGAAUGGCCGCAUUGGCGGCACUGUCGACCUCGAUCUCGUUCGGAAGACAUAUGAGCACGCUCGACGACGAGUCGAGGACGGCACUCUUGUGCUGAGCUCGCUCCACGAGUCCACCCCGUCAUUGUUCGCCCCCACAAUCUCAGGACUGCCAGUGUCUCUGCCCGACAGCUUCUAUGUCGCGCUUGAGGCACUGAAGCCCUUCACGCACUGUGUCACGCCACAGAACCCUUCUGCGCCACGCUACUCUGCCCUCGCCGCCGUCUUCACCAUCGACAUCCUAGGCGAGUGCAGGGGCGCUGAGAUCAAGCUCUCUACCGCAGGGCUUGACACGAGAGAGGGUCUUCUCCAGGUUCCCGCGCACGCCGGCUACCGCGCCUUCGACGUCUUCUACUACCUGAACUCGAGCUCCGCAAGCAAGCAAGAGCGAGAAUUUCUCGACAUCCAGUCUCCCGACAAGUACACUCUAUUGAACCGAUCGGGUACCUACGACCCUCCCUCGUUUCUUCCCGACGCCGACGAUGCCGCGGCAGCCGAGGACUUCCGAGCAAACCUCAAGGCGAUUGGCAUCAAGGGUCAAAAGCUUCGUGACGUGAUUAGCUCUUUGGCCGCCUUGCUGAAACUUGGAAACACACUUGACUACUUCCUCGACGAAGACAAGCUCGACGCUGCAUGCCAGGAUUGUGGUUCGCUUCUGGACAUCUCUCCUGACAUGUUCAAGCAGCAGCUUGCCUCUAACGAGCGAGAGAUUGCCAUUGGUGGAAUCUACGAAGCCAUUGUUGACUACGUUCUUGCACAAGCCAACAUCACCAUCAAGAACGACAUCAGGAAGGCCCGCGCUGGCUUCUCUUCAAAUGACAGCGAUGCCAGCCAACCCGGUGUUAUGACCCCCGAGUCCGAGGCGGAUGGAAUGGACGUCGUGAACAUCACCAUUGUCGAGGUCCCGAGCCGCUCCCUUGGCAAGGCCAUCGCUCUGCGUACCGUUUUUGAUGAUACAGAGGGUAUCAAUGCAGAGAUGAAGGCCGACGGUGUGCAGAUCACAUCUGCCGGCAACUCGGUGCUUGAGAGCAUGAGGGACGCUGUACAGACAUCCGAGGCCGAUCUUGGAAUUGAAGGCGCUGCACUCCGUGAGCACGACUCUGAGCUCGAGAGGCGUGAGGCCGUCUUGGACAAGAUCGCGGUGGACACUGAGGAGGGCAAUUUUGUCAGAAAACUCCUCUACCCCGUGCCGCAGGCCGGUGUUGUACUGGGCAAGCACAACCGUCUCGAUCUACCCAUGACUGUGGCUAGCAGCAGAGUAUGGUUCCAGCUAGCCAUCCACCCCACGGACGUUAUCCCCAGCACCGUGACACAGGAUCUGAACUCCACAUGGCAAGCCGGUGUCGUUUCACGCCAGCUGCGCGAGUGGCGUCUACCGGAAUGGGCGAACCGUCGUAACCGAUACCUUGAUUUCACUGCCGACUUUGACGUUCACGAGUUCUACGAGCGCUACGCCGCUCUGGGUUGCAUGGACGGCCGUGACGGCAUCACCAACUGGACUCUGCAGCGCGGCUGGAGCAAUGGUGAAGUAGUGAUUGGCAACGAGCGCAUCUGGAUGCGCGAGGGCACGUGGUGGGAGGCUGAAUCCCAACUUGAGCAGCUGAACGGGAACCAAAGCAUGAACGCUGGCAUGUUAGGUGGCAUGGUGGGAGCUGGCGGCCUCGAAAGUGGCUACCCUCCACAGGCACCUUCUAGCAUGGCAGGUAGCGGCUUCUUCCCACCUCUUCCUGAACAACAGCCCCAGAAUCCUUUUCAGAGCACGCCUAGCUUGGUACUGCCCCCAGAUGCCAAGUCUAUAGCCCCCACCACCGUUACCAUGCCCACGGCAGCUGUCGGUGACUACGGUCUUGGUGGUAAGGGUGACGAGACGAAGGGUAUUACUUACUACGACGCUGAGACUGGUGGCAACUCCAUGGUCACCGAGAUGCCCAUCACGACAUCCCGACGCAUGUGGGUCGCGUUUGUAUGGGCGAUGACCAUCUGGAUUCCCUCACCACUGUUGAAGUACAUUGGUCGUAUGAAGCGACCAGACGUUCGCAUGGCCUGGAGAGAGAAGUUCGUUCUCGUUUUUAUCAUCCUUCUGCUCAACGGAAUCAUCGUCUUCUACAUUGUCGCCUUCGGAAAACUUCUCUGUCCCAACAAACUCAAAGUCUGGGAUGCAACGGAAGUUAGCACUCACCAGGGUCAGGACGACUUCUACGUCAGCCACCAUGGUGUAGUCUACGAUCUCUCUUCUUUCUGGAAGAAACAGCACAGCGACUCGAACACAGAAGCAUCUCGAACCAACAUGAUUGAGUUUGCCGGCCUGGACAUGGACCCGUACAUCAUGCCGCCUCUGUAUCUUGCCUGCCCGAAUCUGAUUGACGACACCACACGUAACCGUCAGCUGUUCUUGACAUCCAACACCUCCAUUACCAACCCCCUCGGUGUCCACAAGUCUGGACAGAUGACCAAUUUGGCCGACAGCGCUGCACUGAAAAAGGACGACUGGUACCCCAACGUCUUUCUGCCCGCUAUGAAAGAGAUGCGAAAGGGAGACCUCGUCUGGGACUCGAAGAAGAUCAAGGACCAGGGCGAAGAUGAGAACCACAUGUGGUUCACCAUGGGCGACGAUGUUUACGAUCUUACGGACUACUUCAAGACUCUUACCACCAACAACGACGGUGCAGAGUACCAAUUCCUCGACGACAAACUCGUCGACCUUGUCAAGAACAACGCCGGAUCCGAUCUCAAGGAGGACUUUGAGAACAACUUGAAUGCCACUGCCCAAUCGUGGAAUCUCCAAUGUCUGAAGAACACAUUCUACGUUGGCAAGACCGACUUCCGCAAGUCCAUCAAGUGCCGAAUCAACGAUUACAUUCUCCUUGCUGUUACGAUCAUCCUUUGCACGGUCAUCGUCAUCAAGUUCUUAGCCGCCCUGCAGCUCGGGUCUCGCAAGCGCCCAGCCAACCAGGACAAGUUCGUCAUCUGUCACGUUCCCGCAUACACAGAAGGAGAGGAGCACAUCCGAAAGGGUCUUGACUCGCUGACUGCACUCGCGUACGAUAACAAGCGCAAGCUCAUCUGUGUUGUCUGCGACGGAAUGAUUGUGGGAGGUGGUAACGAUCGUCCUACACCUAAGAUUGUCUUGGAUAUCCUUGGUGUCGAUCCCAAGGUCGAUCCUCCUGCUCUUCCCUUCUGGUCUGUCGGCGAAGGAAGCCAGCAGCUCAACUACGGCAAGGUUUACUCCGGUCUCUACGAAUUCGAAGGCAAUGUUGUUCCAUACAUUGUUGUAGUAAAGAUGGGCAAGGAGUCCGAGCAGUCCAAGAGCAGGCCUGGUAACCGCGGUAAACGUGAUUCCCAGAUUCUGCUUAUGAGCUUCCUCAACCGUGUCCACCACCGCGCCCAGAUGAACCCCCUCGAAUUGGAGAUGUUCCACCAGAUCAACAACAUCAUUGGUGUGGACCCCGAGCUCUACGAAUACAUGCUCAUGGUCGACGCCGAUACUAUGGUCAAGCCUGACUCUCUCAACCGUCUCGUAGCGAGCUGCGCCAACGACUCCAAGAUCGCCGGUAUCUGCGGUGAGACCAGUCUUGAAAACGAAGAGAAGUCUUGGUGGACUAUGAUUCAAGUUUACGAGUACUACAUUUCCCAUCAUCUCGCCAAGGCCUUCGAAAGUUUGUUUGGCAGUGUCACCUGUUUGCCUGGAUGUUUCUGCAUGUACCGUCUGCGAACAGCUGAUAAGGGCAAACCUCUCGUCAUUGCCGACAGUGUCAUCAAGGACUACGCCGAUUGUGUCAUUGACACCCUGCACAAGAAGAACCUGCUGUCGCUCGGAGAGGAUCGUUAUCUCACGACGUUGAUGUUGAAGCAUUUCCCCCACACAUCCUUCAAGUUCAUUCCCGACGCCUACGCCCUCACAGCCGCCCCCGAGACAUGGAGCAUUCUGCUUUCCCAGAGACGCCGCUGGAUCAACUCGACCAUCCACAACUUGGCUGAGCUUGUUUUCAUCUCUGAUCUGUGUGGUUUCUGCUGUUUCUCCAUGCGUUUCGUCGUCUUCAUCGAUCUGUUCGGUACCGUCACGCUUCCAUCGAUUUGUGCCUACAUCGUCUACCUGAUCUACACGGUCUCGACCGGCACUGGCCAGUUCCCGUUGAUCUCGAUCAUCAUGUUGGCUGGUGUCUACGGUCUGCAGGCGUUGAUCUUCAUCAUCAAGCGUCAAUGGCAACACAUUGGAUGGAUGUUGAUCUACCUGAUGGCCUUCCCUAUCUACUCGCUGGUUCUGCCUCUCUACUCUUUCUGGAAGCAAGACGACUUCUCGUGGGGUAACACUCGUGUCGUUAUCGGCGAGGCCGGCAUGAAGAAGGCUGUGCUGACGGAAGACGAGGGCUUUGAUCCCAAGUCUAUUCCGAUGAUGCGAUGGGAUGAGUAUGCUGAGCGCAACGAGCUUCCCGGUCGCCGCGGUCUUGCUGGGCAGUCCGAGAAGGGCGGCUUCAGCGCUUACGAGGACGACACAUACGAGAUGAACGAUAUGCAAUCCAUCUACUCGUCGGUCAAGCCUGCCUCGACCGUCAUGUCGAACAUGCACCACAUCUCGCACAUGCCCCCUCAGUCACCCGGCCCCUACCAGGGCAUGCAGACGCGCCAAUCGACUUACUCCAACCUGUCACGCUACCAGGAUCACCCUCACCAGAACCCUCACCAGAGCCGCCUCAUGUCUAUGGGCGGUAUGAGUGAUCAAUACGGCGCGUCGCCUUACGGCGACCGUCACAACAUGGGUGGUUUCCAGAGCUCAGACAACCUCAUGGCGUCGACGCCGCCAGUCCGCGGGCGCAGUCCUCUUGGCUACGGUCAAUCGCGCCCCGGCAGCACAGUCAACUUCCAGAGCAUGAUGAACGGCCCCAGUGACGCGACCAUUGUCGAGGUCGUGCGCACGUGUCUGAACGAGGGUGACCUUGAUUCGAUGACCAAGAAGCAGCUCGUCGCACUCGCCGAGCAGCGACUGCAGACGCAGCUGACCGGAGAGAGGAAGAUCUUCCUCAACCAGACCAUCGACCAGGAGCUGGCUAUGAUGGGCUAGGCUGUGUGAUGUUUGUGUAUUGCAUUUAUGGUGUUUGCUGUGUUUUGACACGUUUAUAAAAUGUCUCGCAGAUAGUCGCUCCUUUUUCGGCGCAUUAUAUAGGAAACCAUUGGGGGCCUGCAGUGGAAUUUGCAAGGCCGGAGUUUGUAUGCAUUGGUCCCAGCGUUGGCUGUACAGAUAAUGACGAAGACUACAUAGUAAUUGGAGAUUGCAUUAUC